GCCUGUAUCAGAAAUGUGAGGUGCUUGCUGUGAAGGUUCUUAUUCCAAGAGCACAACACGUGGUUUUGUUAUAGGAUAAGGCAAAUCAGGACAGGUUUGACUAAAAUAUGGAUUCCUUUUUUCGGAGUGAAGAGAUGUGUCUUGUCCAGCUGUUUUUCCAAACUGAGUCAGCUCACAACUGCAUCAAUGAGCUUGGGCAUCUAGGACUGGUGCAAUUUAAAGAUCUAAAUCCUGGAACAGUCGCCUUUCAGCGCCGAUUUGUGAAGGAGGUGAAGAAAUGUGAGGAGAUGGAGAGAAUUCUUCGGUUCUUGGAAAAUGAGGUUGUCAAAUCAAACAUCCCCAUCCCAGCAGACUUUACCAGUGAGACAAUACCUGUUCCACGAGAUGUUCUGGAUUUAGAGUCUAGAUUUGAUAAACUGGAGCAGGAGCUGAAGGAGAUCAACUCAAACCGAGACACCCUCAGGCAGAACUUCACUCAACUAAUGGAGAUCAACCAUCUCCUGCAGAUGACUGAUGACUUUUUUGAGGAGGCAGAGUCGCAGCUCUCCAUCUCUGAGCUUCCUUCUGAAGAGUCGGUGUACUCUUCCAGGGUGACAUGCCGACGCACCAGUUACACCAGCACCAACGGACCCCUGAAACUUGGGUUUGUUGCAGGAGUCAUCAAGCAUGAACGUUUCCCUGCCUUCGAAAAGAUUCUGUGGCGACUGUUUCAUGGAAACUUUGUCCUCCGUCAUGCUGAAAUCAAGCCCCAUGAGGAGGAGAACAUGGCUGAGGAUCCAGUGAAGAAGGAUGUGUUCGUAGUAUUUGUCCAAGGAGACCAGAUCAGAGGAAAGAUCAGAAAGCUAUGUGAUGGGUUUCAUGCCAGCAUGUAUCCAUGUCCCAACAAUGCGUACGCAAGAAAGGAAAUGAGAACAAACGUCAACACACGCAUUGAAGACCUUCGAUUGGUCCUGAAGAGGACGGAGGAGUUCCGUGAGACUACCCUGACUGCAGCAGCAGCCAACCUCCAGGAGUGGGCCUCUAAAGUAAAGAAGAUGAAGGCCAUCUAUUACACAUUGAACCUGUGUAACAUAGACAUCACACAGAAGCUGAUUGUUGCUGAGAUUUGGUGUCCAGUGUCUGACUUAAACUCUGUGCACACUGCACUGAUACAUGGAUCAGAGCAGAGCGGCUCCAGUCUUAGCCCCGUCGUGAACAGAAUCCAAACCCAGCAGACACCCCCAACAUUCAACAGGGUUACCUCCUUUACCUCAGGUUUCCAGAGCAUUAUUGAUGCCUAUGGGGUCGGCAACUAUCAGGAAAUAAACCCAGCUCCAUACACCAUGGUGACCUUCCCCUUCCUGUUUGCGGUCAUGUUUGGAGACUGUGGUCACGGUCUCGUCAUGACUCUGCUCGCUUUAUGGUUGAUCCUACACCAAGAACACUUCAGGAAGCUGAAGAACGAGCUGAUUGACAUGCUGGUGGAUGGACGCUACAUUAUAUUCCUGAUGGGCCUCUUCUCCAUAUACACUGGCCUCAUCUACAACGACUGCUUCUCCAAGUCCUUCAACGUCUUUGGAUCCUCGUGGAGCGUCCGACCCAUGUUCCAUCCACACGGACCGUGGACUAAUGACACGUUGCAUGACUCUGGCCAUCUUCAUCUGGACCCCCUGGUGUCUGGAGUCUACUCUGGUAAUCCCUACCCAUUUGGUGUUGACCCGAUUUGGAAUAUUGCAUCGAAUAAGCUGUCGUUCCUGAACUCUUACAAGAUGAAGAUGUCUGUAAUCAUGGGAGUGGCCCACAUGCUCUUUGGAGUCACUCUGAGUCUGGUGAACUACAUAUUCUUCAGAAACUUAAAGGAUGUUGCGUUGCAGUUCAUUCCAGAGGUGAUUUUCAUGCUGUCUCUGUUUGGAUACCUGAUCUUCCUCAUCCUCUACAAGUGGUGUGUAGUGAUGAAGUCUGAAUCUGCUCCUAGCAUCCUGCUCCUCUUCAUCAACAUGAUGCUCUUUGACUACAGCUCUGAGGGUACUGUGCUUUACAGAACACAGAAACCUGUGCAAAUAUUUCUGGUGGUUGUUGCUGUGCUUAUGGUGCCUUGGCUACUGUUUGCCAAGCCCCUGCUCUUGUAUAGAAAACACAAGCAAUUAAAGCUGAAGCCCUCAACAAACAAGCUUCCCAUGCAGGUUUUUGGGAUCUCCAACCAAGAGGCUUCAGAUAACAGGAAAGAGAAGGUCAGUAUGGCUGACAUUUUCGUGUACCAGGGCAUCCACACCAUCGAGUACUGCCUUGGAUGCAUCUCCAACACAGCCUCCUACCUCCGCCUGUGGGCUCUCAGUCUAGCUCAUGCUGAGCUGUCUGAGGUGCUGUGGAAGAUGGUUCUACAGGUGGCUCUGAGGGUCACCUCGGGGAUGGGUUCUGUUCUGCUGGCAGUGACCUUUGCUGCCUUCGCUGUCCUCACAGUCACCAUUCUCCUGGUCAUGGAGGGUCUCUCUGCCUUCCUCCACGCCCUACGGCUGCACUGGGUUGAAUUCCAAAACAAGUUCUACAAAGGAUCUGGGUACAAGUUCACACCGCUUUCCUUCGACAGGAUGAGAGACAUGCAGUGACUUCAGAUAGAGAAACGCGUUAUUGCUACGAGUCCGUUCUCAUAUUCAUUUACUGUUUAUGUUGAUAUGUCUUUGUGUUAGUCAUUGAUCACACUAAGUUGUUUUCGGUAUGUAGAUCGUACUCUAUAACUGUCGCCAUGGAAUGAAAAAUCUGUGCAAGCAAGGUGCAGCAUUUGCCACAAGAUGGCAGCACACAAUUAUUAGUCAGUCAUGGUUCUAAAAGUAUGCUACAUUCAACAACAGAAGUAUUGUCAAAAGAACACAAUAAAUACAAGGAGAUUUAGUUGAGCAUCUACUUCCUAAAAUGUCUUAAGAGUUUAAUUAGAUUAAAAAACAAUAUUUAGAUCCAACAAUAGUGUACAAAACAUUGAGGACACCUUUCUAAUAAUGAGUUGCACCAUGCUCCUUUUUCCCUCAGAACAGCCUCAAUUCGUCGGGGCAUGGACAAUACAAGCGUUCCACAGGAAUGCUGGCCCAUGUUGACUCCACUGCUUCCUACAGUUG